AUGUAUGCCCACCUCAGGGUGCUGUGCAAUGACAUCCUGGGUCUGAAGGUGGCAGGAGAUCCAGUGCUGACCCCUAACUCUGUCUGCCUGAAGCUGGCGGGCCUGAGCAAGCGUCAGAUGCGUCUGUGUGUUCGGAGCCCCGACGUGACGGCCUCGGCCCUGCAGGGCAUACAGGUCAUAGGGAUAUAUAAUACAAUUAAUUGUUUUAUACAAUAUUUGACCAUAUUUGAUCAGGGUCUAGAAUGAAUAUUCCCUGACCAAGAUGGCCAUCAUUUAAGUCACGUUGGCGAAAAUGCCAAUGACCAUUGUAGUGUUGUAUUUAUUUCUGUGCAUCCAGGUGGCCAUCCACGAGUGCCAGCACCAGCUCAGAGACCAGCGGUGGAACUGUUCUACCCUGGAGAGCCACGACAAGCUGCCCCACCAGAACGCAAUCCUCAACAGGGGUGAGUGAGACACAGGGGCAGAGAAAGAUGGAGGGUGGGCAUGCAGACAGGUGAUUUAUCAUGUGUUCUGACCAGAAAAAACUCCAGGUCCCUAGCCAGGAAAACGUUUAGGCCUUAGGUUGGGAUAGUAGACAAAAAAAGGAUGCUGAAAUGUAUUUGUAUGCUUUCCUUUAUAGAAUAAGAAUAAUGAAUGGAUAUGAAGUUUUCCUGUGGUAUCUAGAUUAUAGUCAGUAUGAUGACAUCAUGACUCUGAUGUGUCUCUCUCCGCUCUCCCCCAGGCUUCAGGGAGACUGCCUUCUCUCUGUCUCUGCUGGCAGCGGGUGUGGCACACUCCGUGGCUUCCGCCUGCAGCCUGGGCAAGCUCCGGGACUGCGGCUGCGAGGCCAAGCGUCGCCUGGACGAUGACAAGAUCCGUCUCAAACUCACCCAGCUGCAGCUGCAGACCCUACAGAGAGGCGGGGCCAGAGCGGGCAUGGGAGGGGGCGGGGGAGGUGGGCCCCCCCCCAAGGAUUUCAGAGAUGUGCCAGCCAGCCUGCGUUCUGGUUCUACCCACCCCUCCUCCCUCCUCAAUCCCCUGCCAGAGGACUUCAGCCCCCUGCAGGAAACCUGGGAGUGGGGGGGCUGUAGCCAUGACACCCACUUCGGCGAGAGAUUCUCCAGGGAUUGGUUGGACUCCCGUGGGACUCCGAGGGAUAUCCACGCCCGUAUGAGGAUACACAAUAACAGGGUGGGCCGACAGGUAAGAUACUCUGACAGAUAGGAUUCAUCUUGUGUAUUUUUAUCAAGAUGAUAACUGCAGGGAUUCAGGCUCUCAUUUGGUGAAGGUUUCGCAAUGGAAUUCAUCAAGUUUUGGUACAAUUAUUCUCUACACUAUAUUUGCGUGUUUUGUCACAGAAACUGAAAUUAGGCGAACUAUUAGAAAUGUUGCAACCAGGAAAUGGCGGAGCGAUUUCUGCAUAGUGCAUCUUUAAAUAUGUUUAUAGUUGUUACCCCAGUACAUUGCAAUCAGAACCUUUCUAGACUUCUAUGAAUAUUGACAUGAUUGUUUCCCCCUGCACAGCUUGUCACGGACAACAUGAAGCGGAGGUGUAAGUGCCACGGCACGUCAGGCAGCUGCCAGUUCAAGACCUGCUGGUACGUGUCUCCUGAGUUCAGGCUGCUGGGUUCUCUGCUGAGGGAUAAGUUCCUCGCUGCCAUCUUCAUCAACUCCCAGAACAAGAACAACGGGGUGUUCAACCCCCGUGUUGCAGCCAGCAAUGGAGCCUCGAAUGGGGUUAGGAACAGGGCUGGAGUGGGGUCCAGAUCUGGGUCUGGGGGCGUUGGGAGUCCAAACAAUGGGGGUCGGCGGAGGCCGAGUGUGUCACGGGAGCUGGUCUACUUUGAGAAGUCUCCAGAUUUCUGUGAACGGGAGCCAUCCCUGGACUCUUUGGGCACCCAGGGACGGAUCUGCAACAAGACAAGCCACAGCAUGGACAGCUGCGGGUCCCUGUGCUGUGGGAGAGGACACAACAUCCUGAAGCAGACACGUAGUGAGAGGUGCCACUGCCGCUUCCACUGGUGCUGCUACGUGCUCUGUGAGGAGUGUCGAGUCACUGAGUGGGUCAACGUCUGUAAGUAG